GUGGCACUAUUGUUGAGUUAGAAGGAUAGAAUCAUCAUAUUGCUUUAGGGGACAGCAGGAUUUAAAAGGAGAUGCCUUGCAGCCCUGUUUUACAGAUUGGAAGCAUCGGUUUAAGGGCAUUGGCAGAAUCAUUUCCUCGUUCUUAGCAGCAGCCACUGCUGUGUCAGUAGUGUGUGGAAUGGAAGUCCUAGUUGGUAGUCUGUUAUGGAAACGCUGUUUACUGUUAUUGUAGUACCGUGGUGACAACAUGCCAUUGAAAUGGAAAACGAGCUCUCCUGCUAUCUGGAAAUUCCCAGUUCCUGUGCUUAAAACAUCCAGGUCAUCGCCACUUUCUCCAGCAUACAUAUCUCUGGUGGAAGAGGAGGAUCCUCAUAUGAAAGUAUCUCUUGGUAGCAGCGAUAUGGGCAUCUCUGCCCAUCUACAGUCUUCUAAGACAGGGACCACAAGAUUUUUCACCAGCAAUACUCACAGUUCUGUGGUAUUACAGGGUUUUGACCAACUGCGAGUGGAAGGUUUGCUUUGUGAUGUGACGCUUGUUCCAGGAGAUGGUGAUGAAGUGUUUCCUGUUCACAGAGCAAUGAUGGCUUCUGCAAGUGAUUACUUCAAGGCUAUGUUCACAGGAGGAAUGAAGGAACAGGAUUUAAUGUGCAUUAAGCUUCAUGGUGUGAACAAAAUAGGCCUAAAGAAGAUCAUUGAUUUCAUUUAUACUGCAAAACUUUCCCUUAACAUGGACAACCUUCAGGACACCCUGGAAGCUGCCAGUUUUUUGCAGAUUUUACCUGUUUUGGACUUCUGUAAAGUGUUUCUUAUCUCUGGGGUUUCAUUGGAAAACUGUGUUGAGGUUGGGCGAAUUGCCAACACAUACAAUCUCACAGAAGUGGAUAAAUACGUUAAUAAUUUCAUCCUGAAGAACUUCCCUGCAUUAUUAAGUACUGGUGAAUUUGUGAAACUCCCCUUUGAACGUCUUGCCUUUGUGCUUUCAAGUAAUAGCCUUAAGCACUGCACUGAACUUGAACUCUUCAAGGCGGCUUGUCGCUGGCUAAGGUACGAGGAGCCUCGGAUGGAGUAUGCUGCAAAGCUAAUGAAGAACAUCAGGUUUCCGCUGAUGACGCCCCAGGAUCUUAUUAACUAUGUUCAAACAGUGGACUUCAUGAGAACUGACAAUACCUGUGUAAACUUGCUUUUGGAAGCCAGCAAUUACCAAAUGAUGCCAUACAUGCAACCGGUUAUGCAGUCGGAGAGAACUGCCAUUCGGUCGGACAGUACUCACUUGGUGACGUUGGGGGGAGUGCUGAGGCAGCAGCUGGUUGUCAGCAAGGAGUUACGGAUGUAUGACGAAAAAGCUCACGAAUGGAAGUCCUUAGCUCCCAUGGAUGCACCAAGGUACCAGCACGGCAUCGCCGUGAUUGGAAACUUUCUUUACGUAGUUGGGGGCCAGAGCAAUUACGACACGAAGGGAAAGACAGCAGUUGACACGGUCUUUAGGUUUGAUCCUCGCUACAACAAGUGGAUGCAAGUUGCAUCUUUAAAUGAGAAGCGCACCUUCUUCCACCUAAGUGCCCUCAAAGGACAUUUGUAUGCAGUCGGUGGUCGAAAUGCAGCGGGUGAGCUAGCCACUGUGGAAUGUUACAAUCCCAGAAUGAAUGAAUGGAGCUAUGUCGCAAAGAUGAAUGAACCCCACUAUGGUCAUGCUGGAACCGUGUAUGGGGGAUUGAUGUAUAUUUCAGGGGGAAUUACCCAUGAUACUUUCCAAAAAGAACUUAUGUGUUUUGACCCUGACACAGACAAAUGGACUCAGAAAGCUCCGAUGACGACAGUCAGAGGUCUGCAUUGCAUGUGUACUGUAGGAGACAAGCUAUAUGUUAUUGGUGGAAAUCACUUUAGAGGAACGAGUGAUUAUGAUGAUGUCCUAAGCUGUGAAUAUUACUCACCAACUCUAGACCAGUGGACUCCAAUUGCUGCCAUGUUACGUGGGCAAAGUGAUGUUGGGGUUGCUGUCUUUGAAAAUAAAAUCUAUGUUGUUGGAGGAUAUUCUUGGAAUAAUCGGUGUAUGGUGGAAAUUGUUCAGAAAUAUGAUCCAGAAAAAGAUGAGUGGCAUAAAGUAUUUGACCUUCCAGAAUCACUUGGUGGCAUUCGAGCCUGCACUCUUACUGUUUUCCCACCGGAGGACAAUACAGGGUCGCCGUCUAGAGAAUCUCCUCUUUCAGCACCUUAGAAACAUCCCUUGACUUAUGAUGUUGUAGUAACACCUUUGCACUGCAUCAUGGAGUCUGUUAUUUUUCUUCAGUAGUUUCUGUUAGGCUUAGCCUACAGCAUUUCAUACGAUUACUGGAAAAAAAAAAAAAAAGACUUUGACAUUAUUUGUGCUGUUUGUUUGGCCUAGAAUGUUUGUCAAGUGGUUAACAAAACAAGAUGUACUUGCCCAAGCCAAAUGUUUAACAAAUGAGAAGAUAUUGUCUAUAAAAUGUAUGAACUAGGUACGUUAUUAAUGUUGUGUAUUGGGUGUGAGGUACCUUUUAGCUUACAUUUGGGAGCCCAACGAGUCAAAUUUGAAGACUUUGUAUUGAACACAUUCUUUCACUAAAUUUCAUAGUUGAAAUCCUUUUUCCUUUCAUUUUUGACUGUCGAUUACAAGGGGAGGUAGACUAUAUCAAUGUGAACUAUGACAGAAGGUUGCCAAGGGGCCUGAGCUACCUCCCUAUUUUCAGAGUAUUUUUGAAAAAUCUGUUUACCCACCUGACUUUGUGGGUGCUUUCAGAGCAUAUGAAGUUUCUUAGGCAGAGGGGAGAAAUAACAUAAUUUUAAAAUACUAGCACUAUACGGGAAGCGGACCUUGUAGAGGCCAGGAGUUUUUUUAUAAUGUGUUUUGAGUGUUUUUCCUGAGUCGGUUGAGUGAUGCUUCAAACAAAAGAUUUAAACGUUUGGGUUUUUUAAUUUGGGUUUUUUUCAGGAGUUGGCUUCCGCUUGCAUGGGAGCACACACUACUAACACAUGGGAAUUCAGUACAGUUGUAUAUUCUGUUAUAUGCCUGCACUGAAUAUAGGUAGAUAAGGGCUAGAAACAUUAACUUAAGCCACUGAAUUUGACAAAAUCGUUCCAUCAGAUCAAAUUUAAUCUACCUUUCUCCUUUACUGUUGAGAUAACUUGCAUAAUGUGUCCUCUGUAUAGUCUCAGUUAAUAAGGUUAUUUAGCACAAAGUGCAGCUUCAGCGAGAGAGCUGCUUUUGCUCAGUGAACUUGGACUACCACAUUUUACCUUCUUUUGUUCAAUAAAACUUUUAACUGCAGUUAUUCAGUCUAAGCUACCUCAUUAAUGUAUUUGGUUUUCUUCCUCUGCCUCACUGUUUCCAGGAUACACAUGUAUAUCUGUGUAGGUAGAUUAAUUUGCUAGGAAACCAAUGCAGAAGUGAUCAUGAAUGGGUAUUUUUGACCUACUUUUAAGAAACUGUUUUGGCCUGAUGUGUUCAUUUUAUUGUUAAGGACUGACGAAAGAACAAACUGUCUUAAUUUUUUUUUUUUUUUCCUUGGAGAACUACUGCUUAUGUGUGCAGCCAUGCAAACUUACAGAAACCUUUAUCUGCUCCAAAGUACAGUGCACUGCUGACAAAUUGCAGCUCUGAGUGCUUCUAGAAGGCUGAUACCAUCGUGCUUGUUCUGAACUUCCCAUCGUAUGUUACAAGUGGUUUUGCUGCUGAGCAGUCAGAGGGGCAUCAUCUGAGGGAAACUGUUUUAAAUCAGUUAGCUUCAGCUUCUUUUAUUGUGCUGCCUAUUACUAAUAACCUUGUAAAGCUUAAUAGACUUUUUUGGGGAGUAUGCUAUUUGUAUUUUGUACCUGCUUGAUGCAUCAAGCAGCAGUAUUACUAUGGUGUCAAUUUUGGAAGUACUAGUAUUUAUUCUUUAUGCAGUUUACUAGUAAUGAUCACUACCAAAAUGUAUGUGUAAGCUUUAGGUUUUAUAAUUGUUUUGGGUAAAAUCAAAAGCAAUUCUUCCUCUUUAAAAAAUAAUUCUGCGUAGCUGUGCAAGGUUGUUACAGGUGUUAAUAGUGGCACCAGUGGAUACUCUUGGAAAGUAGCCAGUCAAGAUGAAUUGACUCAUUACCUUAAAAAUACAUUUCUAAUGCUGUGCAAAGCACCAAAUAGGAGAAUGUUGCUCUGUAAUUUAAGUAUGUGUCAGUCAUUUGUGUCACAUGCUACUAAUUUUUUUUCCAGCUCAAAGACCAGAUUCUAGAGCCUGCUUGAGUUGAAAUCCCCUGAAAUCCGUAUUACGUUUCCAUUUUAUUAAUUAAACUAAAAAGUAGAUAAAGUAGUUGCAACUUCUUUUGGGUAAUGUAAAUAUAUCCUGCUGCUGUCUGUAUGCUGGGGAUGAGGAGAUGCUCUGUUUAAAAGUGGAUAUCUUCACUGGUAUUCUCAUUCAGAAGCAGCUUUGGGUGGGUUCUAACCCUUGUGAGAUGGUUAUAAGCUAAGAUGUCAAAGAUUUGUCUGAGCCUUGUGAAUAGCUCAGGAGUUGGUGUAUGGCCACAAUGGUGGUUUGUUUCUUUUUUUUAGUGACUCAUUAUCUAUUCUGCUUAAAGUGGAAGAAUUCUUUUUGAAUGUCAUUUUGUCAUCAGUGUUGGACAUAGCAUAGUGGAUUAAAUGUAGUGCUUCAAUCAAAUUAAUCUUUGAGGUUUUUUCUUGUAUCUCCCUCUGGAUUAAAGUGUUCAUAAUGACAGUUAGUAUCUACUCACCAGGAUUGAAAAGCAAACAUCAAAGAUUUGCCAAAACCUGCAAGCUGUUUUCUUCUGUAAUGCAGUGUAAAAUGACUUGAUGCUCAUUACAUCUUUCUUAACCAUAGCAUAACAAACCCUUUCCAUCUCUGAAUCCACAGCUGUACAUAUAGAUACAGCAGAUACUCAAUCUCCAUUUUCAGUAAGGCUGCUUUUAUGAAAAGUAAACACGUCAUAGUAUCUAGAGCCAACAGUGUCCACCUGAUAAGCAGCUGCUUCUUUCUUUCAUAAGUUUUGAGUGCUUUCAUUUUUGCAGUUGUAUGUAAAUUAGAAAAGCAUCUGGAUAAAAAGCAAUUAGUAGAUAUUUGACCUGAAUGUGAGUAAGACUACAUUAAUGUGCUAGCAGGCAGAGCUGCGUGAGCUGUCUGCCCUCUCCUGAUGAUGGCAGACUCACACCGCAAUCUCAGAAUUCAUUUGGACUUUGCUUUUUUUUUUUUUCUCCGUGCCCAGUUAGCAACAAAAGUGCUCACUUCUAUAUGGAACUUUUCAUGGCUGAUAUCCCUGCAAAGAGACACAGCGCUCUGACUCAGUACAUCUGGGGUGACAUUUCCUUGUGCUGUGUUUUGAAACUGGACAAGAAUGAUGGGGAAGAAAACCUUGGAAAACCCAAAUUAUUUGAAGGGUUUUUGCCCUAUUCACGUAAGAGCUGAUCACUUGCAGAUGUCCAGUUUUCUGUGGUUCCACUUCCUUUAGAAAGUUGUAUAAAGUAUUAAGAGUCUGGGCCAAGGGAAAGCGAUUCAUGGCAGGACCCAACCUGUCUUGGGGCACUUGUAGGCUUGGCAUUGUUGGGAUAAUGGAGUUGUCAUGAAGGGGUGAGAACUGGAGCAGCAGAAGGCAUCUGUCUGACGGCCUGGCCUGCAGCUCUAGAGUUCCCUUGUUCUGAAGAAUCACUGUGAGUCUUAAUCUUUCCCAGGACAACAAUGAGUUGUUUUCUCAUACCGAUGCUAUUUUUAAAUUGCCCAUUCUGUUUCUGAGCGGGGGGAGUCUUCAAGGAGUAGUAUUUUAGUCAGAAAGCUCAAACCAAUAGCCUGAUUAUUUAGCAGAAUAAUGGAAACCUUGGAUUAGGGCAGUUUGUGUACAAAUAAAAUUGUCCCCAAAGGUUUACAGUCUUAAUCUGAUGGGCUGGUUGGACAUCCAAAGAUAAUUUGGUGCCGCAGCAAUAAGUGCAGUAAAAGUGUCUGGAGGAGUUUAUAGCCAAAGAUUUGGUGAUUACCUGAUCUGGAAGGUUCAGGGCACUUAUUUUGCAGAGUUCACUCUGCUUACUAGAAUUGUUGUUCCGUUUUAAAUUAUCCUCCAGCUGGUAAUUACCUCAUCUUUGCAUUGGUGUCUGACUCUGCCAGUUGCUAGGUUUUUUAAUUUUUCCUUUUAUAGCUGACCUAUUUGUUACUUGCUCAGCUCCUAAUUAGAAUUGAUACAGCUGAAGCUUUUCUAGUGGCAUGGCCCUCAUGUCAAGGGAGAAAAUAGCCCAUUUCUCCUAUAUAACAUACUUUGAGAAAUGUAAUCUUAAUUCAGCUUGCGCAUAUUUGGAAAUAUAUAAGCAGUUUUAACCUAGUAAAAAUUGUGUGUGUGUGUGUUGAAGGAGUAAUGUGCGUCCUAUUUCCUCCUGGCUUACACCUUACGUGGUGUUUUAGUUUGUGCGUAGUGAUAGAUUACCCAGAGGUCUGGAGGGUGAGUCCAAGCUCUCUUGUGUAGCACUUUAUGCUUUCCAUGCUCUGCGAAAGUGUUCUUUACUUGCACAGCGUAUGUAGCUUAUCAGGUAUUUUUUUCUUUUAUAUUUCAGUUAAAAUGUGAAUGAUAGUUCUUUGAUACAGAUGUGAUUAAAAAAAAAAAGUCUUAAAAUGCAGAGUUACAUAUGAUUUGCUUAAUGAUAAAGGGUUUGGUCCCAUGAGUAUUGCAGGACCCAUUCAACUAUGAAAAGGUGAUCACAAUUUUGAGAACAAGCUAGGGGAUUAGGAUGACUUUACUGACUGGCACCAGUUCACAUGUUCUUGUUGACAGACAGUCUUUUGCAGAUGGCCAAGUGAACUUUUCUCAGUCCGUAGGCUCUGUCUUUUGAUGUACAGCUCUGCUGGAUCUUCUGAUUACCUAUUCUGGGGAAAACGUGGUGGGAUUUGUUCCACAACAUAUCUGACCCUAAAACAACAUGGCUAGUUUUUUGUCAGGAAUUCCAGCAUUAGUGAUACACAGGAGUCCUCUGGGAGUUUAUUUAAUGACUAUCCGAUUUGUAGAAGGUGCAGCCCAGAUAACCGGGGGGUGGUGCUACAGCAGGAGCCCUGCAUGGUUGACAUUCUAGAAGGGAUGAUAUCAAAUGGGAAUUACUGCCUCCUCCAUGUAUUAUUUUGGAUCUUGAAUGCUGGGUUUUUUUCCCCCAUCUCUGGGAGUGUUUAUUGCUGCUAUUUGGGUUUUUCACUUUUUAUUCAUGUAAUGACUAAUGUCUCUCUGAGUCUGUAGUGGGAGUGAAAGGUUCAGUUCUUUCUAAGCUAGCUACAUGCUGUCAGGGUAUCCACAUAUUCAUUAAAAAGUUUUCUAUUUGGGGCUGUUUCCUAACAUUUAGAAGAAUUCAGUUUACAGUGUGAAAAGACCUCAGAUGAAAAUGUCUUUGGGACUGGAAACAUGCAAAGCUUGUAAAUUUGCUGAGUAAAAUUACAGUUCUAGGCAGAAAAAAAAAAAUCACUUUUUGGAGAAUGUUGGCAUGGUUCAGAGAUUCAUUUGGACAUUGAGCUCCCACAGACUGUCUGGAGUGAGAUAUAUAUAUAUAUAUAUAUAUAUUUAUUUAAUAACUUGUAGUUGGUUUAGGUGAAUCUGAGCUCUGUUGUUCAUACCUGCUUGCACUCUUGGCUGACCUGUCGCUGUAUCUCCCUUUAGAUCACAACAUUCUGCAUUGGCUGCAGUCUGUUUUCUCUGGGCAAGUGUGAAAGCACCUCUCUUGGCUUCCGUAUUGCUUGUUGAUUGAGUUCCAAAAUAAAUCUGACCUUUUGAUUCUUCUUUCUAAAGUACGUUGUGGCUCUGGCCUGCUAAAGAUCAUGUGGAGCUGGGGAAUGAGGACCGUAGCUUUGACAUCUAAUUACCCAUAGCCCUUCGCUGCCCUGCAGGCAAAUAUUCCCAAACCCAGCUAAAAUCCAUGUGCAGGAGGGAAAUCUGUUAAGUCUGACCUAAAAUUUUAAUUACCCUGGCAUUUAAAGACCACCAGAAUCUCCUUUGUCCUCUUUUCAAGGAGGAUUGUGUACCAGAGCUGCUGAGUCUUCUGGAAAGGGGCAAAUACAGUAACUCUUUGGCAUGCAAUACUUCUUUCCUGGCCAUUGAUUCUGCCCUUAUGUGCCCGUGUGGAAAUUGCAGGAGGGAGGGUCAGGGUUUGGUCAUGCUUUCCAGAUCCCAGUAGAGAGCAAGCUUGUUUACUCUCAUCUGUCUGCACAGGACUGGGGGGAAAAAAGACCUGUAGGAAUGCUUCAGAUUUUAAAACAUUAACUCACAGAACAGUAUCAAUUAAUGAAGCAAAAAAAUAAAAUUGUUCCAUUUUAACACGUGUUCCCCAUAUCCAGGAUUGUUCCAAAAUACUUGCCCUCUGUUGAAUUAACAGUUUUGCCUUUACCUCUCUUGUUCAACAUCACUGUAAAAAAUUGCUUGUUUUUUUCCAUUGUUUUUCAUUGCUUGUAACCUUUCCUUAGAAGUGUGGAAAUAAUUUUCCUUACGUGUUUUAUGCACCGAAAUAAACACACCACUGAUCACCU